CUCUCGCUCGCUCCUUUUCGGGUGGCUGGGGCCCCCCCGGCGGAAGGGCAGAGACGGGGGCAGGGCUUGCGCCCACCCGGCUCCGCGUUCCCGUUCCCCUUCCUCCGCCCUCCGCUCUCAACUUGUCCCGUCCCGCCCGGCUCCCCCCGACCCUCCUCCUCUCCCUCCCUUCCUCCCCCCCCCCCUCCGGCCCAGCCGCUCGCUAAUUGAAGAGCCGGGAUUCCUCACGUGAGAAGUUGAUUUGUAGUUUGAACACGUGGCUCAUUCAAAAAGCCGGAAUAUUCAACCGAGGGCUGCAGCCGCCGCCGGGAAGAUGAACAAGCUCUACAUCGGCAACCUCGGCGAGAACGUCAGCCCGCUCGACCUGGAAAGUCUCUUUAAGGACUCCAAGAUCCCCUUCUCGGGCCAGUUCCUGGUGAAGACGGGCUACGCCUUCGUGGACUGCCCCGACGAGAGCUGGGCCAUGAAGGCCAUCGAGGCGCUUUCAGGUAAAGUGGAGCUGCACGGCAAACUCAUAGAAGUUGAGCAUUCGGUCCCUAAAAGACAAAGGAGUCGGAAACUUCAGAUCAGAAACAUCCCACCCCACUUGCAAUGGGAGGUACUGGACAGUUUGUUAGCUCAGUAUGGAACAGUGGAGAACUGUGAGCAAGUUAACACUGACACAGAGACUGCAGUUGUAAAUGUAACAUAUGGCAAUAAGGACCAGGCUAGACAAGCAAUAGAAAAACUGAACGGGUUUCAGCUUGAAAACUAUUCCUUGAAAGUUGCAUAUAUCCCCGAUGAAAUGGCAGCACAGCAACCUCCGCAGCAACAUCCCCAGGGACGACGUGGAUUUGGACAGAGGGGCCCUCCAAGGCAGGGCUCACCCAGCGCAACCACGCGGCAGAAACCACAGUCGGACGUUCCUCUACGGAUGUUGGUUCCCACACAGUUUGUUGGAGCCAUUAUUGGGAAAGAAGGAGCAACCAUCAGAAAUAUUACAAAGCAGACUCAGUCCAAAAUUGAUAUUCAUCGUAAAGAGAAUGCAGGUGCUGCUGAGAAACCAAUUACCAUUCACUCAACUCCUGAAGGCUGCUCAACAGCAUGUAAAAUUAUUAUGGAGAUCAUGCAAAAAGAAGCUCAAGAUACUAAAUUUACGGAAGAAAUUCCCCUGAAGAUAUUGGCACACAACAACUUUGUUGGUCGACUUAUUGGCAAAGAAGGAAGAAACCUGAAGAAAAUUGAGCAGGACACAGAUACUAAAAUCACGAUAUCUCCAUUGCAGGACUUGACACUCUAUAAUCCGGAAAGGACCAUUACAGUUAAAGGCAGUAUUGAAACUUGUGCCAAGGCCGAGGAAGAAAUUAUGAAGAAAAUCAGGGAAUCCUAUGAAAAUGAUAUUGCUGCUAUGAAUCUUCAAGCACAUUUAAUUCCUGGAUUAAAUCUGAAUGCCUUGGGUCUGUUCCCACCUUCUUCUUCAGGAAUACCACCUCCUGCAGUGAGUGUUGCCUCUGCUGCUGCUGCUGCUUCAUAUCCACCAUUUGGGCAACAGCCCGAGUCUGAGACUGUUCAUCUGUUCAUCCCAGCCUUGGCAGUUGGAGCUAUUAUUGGCAAGCAGGGACAGCACAUCAAACAACUUUCUCGCUUUGCAGGCGCAUCUAUUAAGAUUGCCCCUGCUGAAGGACCAGAUGCCAAGCUGAGAAUGGUUAUCAUCACUGGACCUCCAGAAGCUCAGUUUAAGGCUCAAGGGAGAAUCUAUGGAAAACUUAAAGAAGAAAAUUUCUUUGGACCUAAAGAAGAAGUGAAACUUGAGGCUCAUAUAAAAGUGCCAUCCUAUGCUGCUGGUAGAGUUAUUGGUAAAGGAGGCAAAACAGUAAAUGAGCUUCAAAACUUGACAAGUGCAGAAGUUGUAGUCCCUCGUGACCAGACACCUGAUGAAAAUGACCAGGUGGUUGUGAAAAUAACUGGUCACUUCUAUGCAUGCCAGCUUGCUCAGAGAAAAAUUCAGGAAAUACUGGCUCAGGUAAGAAGGCAGCAGCAACAGCAAAAAACAUUGCAAAGUGGACAGCCUCAGCCAAGACGAAAAUAAAGGUUUAGGAAAUGGCCCAUCAGAGACAGAUGCCAGACCAAAGACAGACUGUGCAACAGAGAGACGGGUGGUGAGCACCUGUUGAAGUUAUAUGCAGAAGAUCCACCAAGCCAAUCACCUGUUCGAGGACCAGGCAACCGCUGAACGCUGUCUCUGAGAAUGUAUUCUUUAGGCUCUCUCAAACUUUUGAAACCCAGCUUUAAAAUAAGGACCCCUUCACUUCCCUUUUGUUCUAUUCUCACAAUUUAACAUAAACUCGUUAGUCUUUUUUAUUGUUCUUAUUAUUCCCCAACAAUUUUAGAACUUGGUUUAAUGAAGCUUUCUCUUCUGAGUUCACUGGUUUAAAAGCAAAAACAAAAACAAAAAAAAAAAAAAAAGAAAAAAGAAAAAAGGAAAAAAAGAAAAGGCAUUGCUCUUAUAGGUCCAGCUGUAAAAGAAGAAACACACGAGGAGGGUGGGAUGGUGGGUGGGCUAGGGUUAGAGCAAGGGUAUCGACAAGAGUUUAAGUGUUAGUCCCAAUGUUGAAACAAGUGGCAUUUUUUAAAAAGAAUUUGGUUGCAUUUUUACAUAACACUGCCAUGAAUAACCUAAGGGAAGUGUUGAAUGGUGUUGGCCAGGGCAUAAAAAGAUAAAUAUGCAUUUUACUAAACUACCUCAGGCAUUUAGUACCUCAAUGAGAAAUUGUUCCUUUUUUGCUUUUUUUUUUUGGUAUUUUGUAUACUUUAUAAAGCUAAUAGUUCUUGAGCAUUUUAUUUUUUUAAAAAAAAUUAAAAUUUGAUCAGCCACCAGCCAGGAGUACUACGGACUUAUCGGGGAAAACUAUAGCAGAGCACUUCUAGCUGCUGGCUGAUGGGAGUAAGGUGGGUAAAAAAAACACGGCCUCAGAUUUUCUGAGGGCUUCAACACCAUCAUUUGUUUAAAAAAAAAAAAAAUUCAGUGAAUGUUCAAAAGAUAGCGAAUGAUGCCAACAUUCUGAUAGCAGCAAUGCCGUUUAGUUUUCUUUUAAGAUGGGAUGAAAAAGUUUGUGACGGUACUUUUUUGGGAACAGGACAAGGAAGUGAUGGCAAGAGGCUGGGGUUGGGGGAAAAAUUUAGAAGGCUGCAAGAGGCUGAAUUUUUUUUUUGUGCUACUUGAUUGAAUGCAUGAACCCUUUGUGCCUUUGACCAUCACUACCUAAUAAUGCUACAUUUAACCAUUUGCAGCCCAUUUGGACUUUGCCAUUUUGUUCAAAGAGCAAGCUUCAUCUUCAGUUUGAUAGAACACUCGAUCUGCUAGAGCGUAUUGGAGGCCGCGAGGGUUUCUGCUGUCUGCAGGUCAUAUCAUACUGCUUUCAGUUACCACGAUGGGGGAAGGUCAAACGGUGUUUGAUCACGUUGAAAGAUAACGAAGGCUAAGUUUACAUAUCCAGCCGCUGUUAUGGGCCACACUAAGCCACUUUGAAGGUUUUGAAAACUAUUACAAGAAAAAACAAACCAACAACCUCUCUAGCCUGGCUUAUAAUAGAUGCAGCAGGAUUUAUGCACGUUCUGCAACCAACCAUUAGAGAAAAAAACGUCAAAAGGCAGGGAUAACAGGAAAGUUACCAAAUUUUUUAAUUUCAGAAUGUAAUUUGAAUGCUGAUUGUGGUAAUAGUGACACAUUCAAGUUUCUACAAUAAACUUCAGUCUACCUCAGUUUAAAAAAAAAAAAUGUGGCAACACAUGGUGCAUAAAGACUGCUGUGUGUGUGUGUGUGCGCGUGCGCGCCUGUAUGUGUGUGGUCGACAGAGCCAUGCUAUUACCUCUGAACCUUUUUUUGUGAUGUUUUUUGUGCAUGAGAUGAUCAGAAUCACCAUGCUGCACUGAUUUGAGGGGCACAACGAGCAAAAACAUUUGUUUCAUCAUUUUGUUAUCUACCUCUUAGGUUCAUGUUGAAAUAGAGGCAUUACUACAUAGACUAGAUAAUUUUCCCAAAGAUCAUUGUUGUACAGAUUAGAUAAUUUUGAAAAUGGUCUGAAGUGUUUUUCCUGCAUCUCUUCUUUACUAAUUGGUUUAAAAACCACAAACUUAUGUUGUAGUGUUAGCAAAGAAAAAUGAGUUUCUUUUCCUUUUUUGACAGUGACCUUCAUUCUAGCCUUUAGGAUAAUUUUUUUUCUUACAAUGAAUUUAAAAUUACUGAAGUAUGAAAAGUCAUAGCAUUUUAAUUUUUGUCGAGGCUUAAGUCAGUCUGAUGUUCCUUUCUUAACAUUUGAGAAGGAUUUGACUUCAUUAUUUUCCAUAAAAAUUAUUUACAAAUAGGCGCUGCAUUUACAUCUACUGAUUUAAUUACUGUCAUAUCUCUUAAAUUUCUAGACUUAGUAUGAGAAAUCAUGUUUUAUUUUCAAUUGAGACUUGGUAAUUUGGAGUAUUUGGGAAUAGCUAGAAAGUAAAUACUGUAAAUGAUUUCAAAAUCCACAAAGUAUGGAUCAUUUUUCAUCUGUAAUGUGCCCCCCAAUGCAGCUCCACUUGCCAGAUGCCUCUGAAUGGAAUAAAGAGUUUAACUCCUAUCAUCAGA